CCUGUCUGGUCUUCGCCAGUUGCCACAGUGUCACAACACCGUGCCAUGUGUAUCCUCCCCGGCACCUCCACCACUGGUUAACGAGCCCCAACCACAACUAGGUGUAUGGUAGGCAGUAAUUAGGGCGACCCGGUGCGAGACGGCGGCCAGUGGACACGGGAGAAGCUCCGGAAUUCUUUACAAUUGCUAAAUUGUGGCGGCAGCUGAGGAUGCCAAUCACCAGGGCGGAGGAGGAGGCAUUAAAUGAUCACUUUUUGGUCAACAGCUACAUAGAAGGAUUUGCAGCAAGCCAGACUGACACACUGUUAUUUGAGCAGUUUAAAUCCACCCCCAGCCAAGACUUCCAUAACCUUCGUCGCUGGUAUAGACAUAUAGACAGUUUUGGCAGUGAUAGGGGGAAGUUUCCUGGCACUAAAAGCAGCUGUUUAACUCUAUCGGUGAAUGGGACAAAGGUGAAAGUAAUGAUGAAUUGCAACAGUGAGCAGGUUGAUGGUCCUGAAGGGACGGAGCAGGAUCAGCAGGAACACACUACUGAAGAUAUUGUUGAUCCCUGGAAUGUACAAGCUUCUAGCAAUAAAGGCAUCGACUAUGAUAAGCUGAUAGACAGAUUUGGAUCGUCUCGUAUUGAUGAUGCACUGUUGGAGAGAUUUGAGAAGCUGACUGGACAAAAGCCUCAUCAUUUCCUGAGACGUGGUAUAUUCUUCUCACACCGGGACAUGCACAGGAUAUUAAAUCUGUAUGAAGCUGGCAAGACAUUCUUCAUUUAUACUGGUCGGGGUCCAUCCUCAGAGUCCAUGCAUGUUGGUCACCUCAUCCCCUUUAUUAUGACAAAGUGGCUCCAGGAUGUAUUUGAUAUUCCAUUGGUAAUUCAACUCACUGAUGAUGAAAAAUACCUGUGGAAGGAUCUGAAAUUGGAAGUUUGUAAUAAGCUGGCCUAUGAGAAUACAAAGGACAUCAUUGCUAUUGGAUUUGACAUGAGCAAAACAUUUAUAUUUUCUGAUGUUGACUUCAUUGGUGGAGAGUUUUAUAAAAAUGUAUUGAAGGUUCAGAAGCAUGUAACAUUCAACCAGGUGAAAGGAAUAUUUGGGUUUGACGAUUCCUCCAAUAUUGGGAAGAUAAUGUUCCCAGCUGUACAGGCUGCUCCAAGCUUUUCUUCUAGUUUUCCAUUCAUAUUUGGGGGAAAGAAGGACAUUCCUUGCCUUAUUCCAUGUGCUAUUGAUCAGGACCCAUACUUCCGGAUGACUAGAGAUGUGGCGCCGAGGUUAGGGUUCCAGAAGCCGGCACUCAUUCACUCGACCUUCUUCCCAGCACUGCAGGGUGCCAGCAGCAAGAUGAGUGCCUCGGAUGAAAAUUCCUCCAUUUUUCUAACAGAUACCGGCAAUCAGAUUAAGAAAAAGAUUAAUAAAUAUGCUUUCUCUGGGGGUAAAGACACUUUAGAGGAGCACCGAGAGAAGGGUGGAGACUGUGAGGUGGAUAUUUCCUAUAUGUACCUUAAAUUCUUCUUAGAAGAUGAUGACAAACUAGAGAAGAUUCGCCAAGAGUAUUCCUCGGGCAGAAUGCUCACUGGAGAGCUGAAAGCAGAGUUGAUUCAGAUUCUUCAGAAGAUGAUAGGAGAGCAUCAGGAGCGGAGAAAAACCGUUACAGAUGAUAUUGUGAAGCAGUAUAUGACCCCCCGACCUCUUAACUUUGUUGUCAAGAAAUGAGGUUACUGCUGUAUGUUUCAAUCUUUUUACUGUUAUAAAUUUGGUAACCCUUUUUUUCUCUUGUAUUUCUAUUGCCUCGUGAGAGAUUGGGUCAGUAUACAUGGUAUUACUUUGUUAGCACACUGUGUUACAGCUAAAGCACACAUGUUACAAACUGGUGUACUGAGUAAGAGAGACGUGCAGGGAAUGAUAGAGAACUAAACUGCAUGGAGAUAAUGAUGAUGGUUAAACAAUGAGAGGUUGUUGAUAAAUAACAUUAGGAUAUUUUCUCAUGCUUUUCUUAAGUAAAAUAACAAAAAAUGUAUGGGAUGGGGGUGUAUCUGGAUGGGGUUCUGGGAAUUAUUUUGCUCCCUAAGCUGGGACCAGGGCCAGGCUUGACUUGAGAGUUUGGUCCAACAGGCUGUUUGUAGCAGCCAGCAGGCCCACAUGUCCACUACAGCCGGGUUGGUCCGGCACUUCUUGCAGAAAACUGUCAGUUUUUCUUAAACUUCCACAUUUCUUAUACUUGCUGGGAGGAUAUUGAACCACUAUGGAAUGUUGUUGUUCAUAGUAUUGUUUAUGGCGCACCUACUCUUCAUUGGCUCUUAUUGUGCAUUUCCUUUCGUAUCAUUCACACCAGUAAGUUAUUUUACUGUGCAAAGUACAGUAGUUUUCUUUUGAUAAGAUUGAAUCCAUUAUAGUUUUUAAAAUUUAUAUUCGGUAUACGUUUGUUGUACAGCACAGGGUAUGGUCACAAAUUCUCAGCUGUUGCCUGCAGUAGGCAGAACUGAGCCAAGUACCUAUGAUGGGUACCCAAGGGGAAGUGGAGGAAGAAGCCAGUUGACAAGAUGGGAAAAGAGAAACAUGGCCCCCCUCAUGCUUGCAGAGCAAUAACCUGCCAGGUAUUAUCCAAAACACAUGUGGAUAAUCACAAACGCUUCCCUCUGGCAUUACCACAGAAGCUUUAUAUCAAACCCCUUGGCCACCCACCCUAUAGUGGUAGGGGGAAAAAGAAGCUUUGGGAUGGAGCCAGCCACCUGAACCCAGGGAAUUCAAAGUCAAACACCCUGUAUCAGCUAGGAAAAGGUCAUCUAGAGAAAUACGACUUCUUCCUCCAAGCGCACCCACAGAGUGACAAGUGGAAUGAUUAUUCCAUGUGGAAUAAUUAUGUGUUGUGGAAUUAUUGUGGAAUAAUUAUUCCACAAGUGGAGUGGAAUGAUUAUUGUUGCCCGGUGUUGAACCUUCUCCAAAGCAGCUGUGUCUUUCUGAAGAUGAGGUUUCCAUACUUAAAUACAAUAAUCCAAGUGAUGAUACAGCAAAAGGAAGAGAGAGAGAGAGAGGUACCAAUGGCUUUGCUGCCAGCCCUUAAGAGUGCCCUUGCCAGCUUCCUGAGGCUGUUGGUUGGCAGUACCCUGGUUGCCAGGACUACCAUCUGAUUAUUUGGAUAGAAAUUUUCCGGUAGUAAUGAGUGAUUUGCAUGAAUGUAAUUACAUUAGAGUGGUUGCUAGUUUUGUGGCACUUUUGCUUUUGGGAUGGAUUUUUCUCAGUUUUUGGGCAAUCUCUCGUCCCCCCCCACCGUCAGGCUGCGUCAGACCGGGCUGCGGGGACGCUAAGCCCCGGAAGCACCAAGGACCUCAAGGUAACACCCCCCCCCCCCUCCUCCUAGGCUCCUCUCGUCAAAGAUGGAGACCCAUUUUUGUUCUGGUCUCUGGUAGGCUUCAUUGGUCUUAAAAGCCUUGUAUUCCCUAAGGUUUUGUUGCUCUAAAUAGCAUACUCCUGUAGCAUUAUGGUUUGUUAAGCUUGAAGCUGUUACACCUUGUGAGUGUUACACUUUUCAAAGAUGCGGUCUGCAUUUAUAUCUUUGGAUUUGCUCAGUAUAGUAAAGAUUUUGUCGAUCAACCCUGUCAUGUCUAAUUUGUAGUGUUUUUAAUCAUUAGGCCUUAAUCGUUCCUGGUUUGAAAGUUAACUUGGUUCUGGGAUUAUUUCUGCUGCUUUGCACUGAACUGAACUUUUCCAAAAGCAGUUAUGCUCUUUUGAAUGUGGUCUCCAUGCUUGGAUUCAUUUAUACAAAUGAGGUUGUAAAUAGAGAUUUGUACAGUUAAAUAUCCAUCCUUUUCCUUGAAGUCAAAGGUUUGAAUAUUCCAUAGCAGUGCAAUUCAGCCUUCUUGGCUUAGCACUUUUGAUAAUAUUUUUUGGCCAAGUAAUUUGAUGUAUUAUAACUGGUAAAUACAGUAAACCAAAAUAUAUUCUGCCAUUUUUGUGUGUGUAGUACUUUGUGUUUUAUUAAUCGGUUGGUUUUCACUUUAUUUUUUACAUUUUUCGUAGAAAAUAAUGCUAGUUUCAUAUCUGCCAUUUCUUAUUUUUGAUCUAAAAAUAGUGACCAAGUCUUGAAUAAGAUGGAAAAACGCUUUAUAUAUAACAAAAAUAACUUCUAAUCUUGUAAAUCAAUUAUAACGUUAAAAAAAUUAUGUAUAUAAGCACACUUUUGUAUAUACAUUAUAAUGUAUUUUUUACAGAAAAUAUUUUACAAGUACUGUAUUAGAAAUAAGCAAGAGGGUUUGAAGGAGGCGUAAUUGCUAAUGUUAUAGUCGCUACCUCUUGUGGUGGUGAUUUUGUCGCUAUUAGAUGGCAACAUCUAUAACCUGUUCAGACACCUGUUUUGUUAUUCAGAUGACCUGUGCAAACGUGGCAAGGUGUUUCUCGGCAUUCAGACGGAAAUUGCUUGUUGCAUCGUCAGCCUCAUUUCCUCGACCACUUUUCCUUUAGCAGCAAAAGGGUUUAAGUGUAGCUUGUGAAAAUACACCUCAUCUACUUGGAGAAAAUAUAUUGUUACUAAUGAAAGCCAAUAAGUAAGUUAGCAUCAUUCAGGCAUUAUUUAAUGCAUGUCAAAUAUUCCAUCUUUGCUUGUUCCGACAAAUUCUAUAUGUAUGCAAAUGUUAAUGAGCAUUCUUACUAUUAUGCUUCGCAGUCAUGAUGUGUUCGUUUACAAAAAUUUAUCAUCUGCCUAAAUGAUGGCCAAAAAAGAGGAAAGUCUAUUAUUCAGUAUCAUUGUACGAUGUGUAUACUGUAUUUGUGAUGCCUUGAUAUUAUGGUGCUACAUAGCCUUCCUGGUUUGGUGCCGUCUUUUGAUAAUUACUUGCUUGAUUUCUCCAGGAAUUCCCUCACGUGACGCAAUGAGCAUAAUUUAGCGGACUUGUACAAAAAUAUUACCCCUUGAUAUGCAUUUAAACUCGUGUGACAAAUGUCACACGAAUAUUUGUUACCUAAACUACAGUGAAAUGGGCAAAAUUGUCUUAAUCUUUGCUCUGCAUGGAAUAUAUUUGUUACAAAUAAAAUAUUUUUGUUGUAAAUGUAUUGUUAAAUACAUUGUUUUAGACCUUUAAAUGAACUCUUGAAAUUCUGUCCUUAUUAGUGAAGUAGUUGACAACCAUUCGAGAUGGAUGGUCAGGUAUUGUGAAUAAUAGGUGCAAGCUUUGUGUUCCUGACAACAGGGACCAAACCAAACUGGGAACAAUUAAAUAUGACAUGAUAAGUAUUAUGACCAAAGCUGCUGUAGACUUUAGUGUACCAUUUACAGAUUCAUACAGCAGUGAGCUAUUGCAAUUACUAGGUAUGUUCCAGGAACCACCAUGGCUUCUACCAUAGUUUGGUCAUGUUGACCAAUCCACACAUUAGAAAAUGAAGGGACGACAACGUUUUGGUCCGUCUUGGACCAUUCUCAAGUCGAUUAUGAAUGGUCACAAUCGACUUGAGAAUGGUCCAGGACGGACCGAAAUGUCGUCAUCCCUUCAUUUUCUAGUGUGUGGAUUGGUCAACAUACUUCAGCCAUGUUAUUGUGACUCAGCACCUGCAUAGUUUGGUCAUGUUGAAUGAAUGGACGAUGAUUAACUGAAGAGUGAUUUUGAGGGUUGUAUGAGAGGAACGUCAAGAAAAUGGGCAAACAAAGCUAUCGAGUGUGAGGAAGAUUGGUGAUUGGUUUUCCCCAUUGUCGGGGACAGGACACUAGUAGGCUAAUAAAGUCCCACCUAGGCAAACAAGCAUUUCAAAGGAUGCAACCCACAACAGUUGUUAAACUUCCAGGUACCUAUUUACUGCUAGGUGAACAGAGGCAUCAGGUAAAGAGGAAGCAGAGUAUGCCCUAACAUUCCUGUUCUGCCAUUAUAACUAUGGAGUUCUCAACAGAGUCGCAAAUAUCAGGUGGACAACUGGAUACUGGAGGAAAACAGUGCAUUGAAAUAUUGUAUUAUAUGCCUAUUGGUUGUCAAAAUAUAAUGCAUGUGUAUAGAGAGGGAGUUAGAUUAAUUUAUGAAUACUAUAUUGGAGAUAUAUACAUGUAUGCAUCAUAGUCCAUAAUUUAAUUGGAUGCAUUUUUGCCCUUUUCAGGUAUUAACCGAUGCUAUCCACCUGCAAAUUUAAAUUGAAGGAUACUGUAAUUUAGUUUAUACACGAAGCUUAAUUUUCAUUAAAGAUAUUAAAAAUAUUAUUGUAAACAGUAUAUGAAAAAUAUUGUGUACAAAUGUAUAAAAAAUGUGCAUCGGGUAUUUUAAUUGUGUAAUGAUUGUAAUGCUGUAUAAUACUGUGAAUUUUAUCUUAUUUAUGAUUUACGUAGGCAUUUUUAUAAAAUCUAAACCAUCUCAAA